GGCCGCCGCGGCAGCGAGGCCUCUGCGGGGGGACCGCUGCCCGGCCGCCCGGGGCUGAGCGCGCCUAUGGCCACCAAGCGCCUGGCCAGGCGGCUGGGGCUGGCGCGGAGCAGCGCGCGGGCGCGGAGCGGCGCGGGGCCGGCGGCAGGACAGCGCUUCGCGUACCUGAUCGUCGUCGACUUCGAGGCCACGUGCUGGCGGGACGCGGGGCGGCGCGGGCCCGAGAUCAUUGAGUUUCCAGCAGUCCUGUUAAACACUUCCACGGGGGAGAUCGAAUCUGAAUUCCACACUUAUGUCCAGCCCCAGGAGCAUCCUAUUCUCUCUGAAUUUUGUACAGAACUAACUGGCAUCACACAGAAUCAAGUUGAUGAAGGGGUCCCUAUAAACAUCUGUUUAUCACAGUUUUUGAAAUGGAUUCAAAAGAUACAAAGAGAGAAGAAAAUUGUAUUCAGUACAGAUAUUCUAAGUCAUUCCUCAGAAGCAAAAGCGUGUACCUUUGUUACCUGGACAGACUGGGACCUGGGUGUCUGUUUGCAGUAUGAGUGUAAAAGGAAGCAGCUGCGAAAACCUGACAUUUUCAAUUCCUGGAUUGAUCUCAAAGCAACAUACAGGGCCUUCUACAAUAGGAAGCCUAAAGGGCUAAAUGGUGCGUUGCAGGACCUGGGCAUAGCUUUUGUAGGACGGGAACAUUCUGGCUUGGAUGAUUCUCUGAACACUGCCCGUCUCGCUUGGAGGCUGAUUUGUGAUGGGUGUGUGCUGAAGGUUACUAAAUCUUUGGAUAAGGCACAUCCAAAGAAUAAUUUAAUUUCCAGAAGACUGACUAUAAACUUCACUGAUGAGACUCCACUGGGAAGUAACAGCAGACCUGAAACAUCUAGAGAUGGCGCUUGCGAAACAAACUCUCUGGCUGAGAAACACCAGAAGGGUAUUGCUGGAAUUAAAACAAAUUCUAACAUACAAACUGAAGAACAAAUCCCUUGCAUCAGUUCCUCUGCAGAUGUCCACAAUGUACCUAGCAACAGCUUAAGGAAUGGGUUACUUGCUCAAGCCCAAAGCUCUUCAACAGCAUCUACUGACAGAUUUCGUGUUCCUCUUGAGCAGGCAUCUCACAGUGCUGUAUCCACAGGCAUACAGCAGGGACUGGGCAAUGGGCAAGCUGGGAGCACAGGCACCUGUGGUCCUCCAGGACCAUCAGGACUAGUGCUUGUCUCCACCACCAUCUCCUCUGUGAACAUCUCUGACGAGGACAUCAGUACCAGUUCUGAUUGCUUAGCUCUGCUGGCUGACUGGGAAGAUGUGGCUUUAAUUCCAGAAUCUCAACAUGAACACCGUUCAGCAUGUGUUCAAUUCAAAGGUGACUCAGGUACAGAUAUUUUAACAGAGCUUGAAGAAGGAAUGAUUUCAAAUCAAUUAGCUGUGACGAGUUCAGAUAAUCAGAGUUUGGAGAAAACUGUUGUACCUGUGGAACCUCUGAAACCUGUUGUUUAUAAAAGUCCUGAUACUACUAUCUAUAAUGUAGGAACAGUUCAAAGGCAGACUUCAAAUCUUUCCGCUUUUAAGUUACCAUCUGUAAAGGUAAAUGCUAUUUCAGCACAAUCAGCAUUAACUGGAAACUUUUCUGCACCUUUGGAGGUUCCUAAAAGAAAGCCAACCAGUCCAAAAACGUUCCCUCCGGCAAAAAAACACUCUUUUGCUAUAUAUCAAGACAAAACUUCAUCUUUUGAUCAUUCCUUACCUUUAAGAACUUCAAAUCUGCCCAAAGUGUCUCCUACCAUUCUGAACUCCACAGUCAAUUCAUAUCAGUCUGUAAGAGCCAUGAAAAACGGGAAACCAACUCCCCCUCUGUGUAACUGCGGCCGAAGAGCUAAAAAGCUGUACGUGGCAAACGGUGGCCCAAAUCAUGGCAGAGCCUUUCUCUGUUGUCCUGUUGGCAAGCACCAGGGCAGUAAGAAAGGCUGUGGAUACUUCAAGUGGGAAUAUGUGCUUCUGAAAGAGAAAUCUAACGGUUCGACUCUGAAUGCAGAUGCUUUGAGCUCUCUUGAAACUUCCACUAGUAGUUUUGGAAGUUCUUGCAACAAAAAGUAUUUGUGUCUUAGGCCCUCUAUGAGAACUUAAAAAUGUCUAAUGUUUUUGGUACAAAAAGUCAGCAAGUUGAUCAUGAUUAAUAUAAUCACAGUGGCCAAAUGAUGUCUGAUAUAUAUUCUGAACCACUGCUUGGUUAACAUAAAUAGAAAUGGAAAUUGCUGAAGCAUACAAAAACAUUAAGAUAUCAUAAAGCACCUCACUAAUGAUGUGAGAGAGAACAGAUAAAACUAUUAAAUGCUAAAAUUCAAGUAUGAGCAACUCUUGCUACAAAUAUUACUUCUCUGUUUUAUCAUGUAUUUUAAAUGCUUUACUAGUC